AAAUGUUGUUUUGGGACUCAUGCUGGCCUUAGAUGUGAUCAGUGAACUGGAAGUGCUAAAUGCAUCUCUCCAGAAAAGUACCCAAACAGUGGAGGGCAUGGUCUCUGCAGUCUCUGUUGUCCAAGAGAGUUUAAAAUCUAAAAGAACGUCAGACCACUUUCAGGAAGUCUUUAAGGAAGCAGAGGACAUGGUUGAGAAGCUGUGUCUAGAGCCCAUUGCUCUACCUCGCACACAUAGGCCCCCUAAGAGAUACACUGGGCCAGCACCUGCACACAGGCCUGCAUCUCCUGUGGAGUUCCACAGAGUGGAGUUCUACCGAGUCUUGGACACGGUAGAUACACAAAUUACCGACAGAUUUAUGCAACCAGGAAUAGAAGCACUAAAGGAAUUGGAGGCCUUGCUGCUGACCCCCAUUGAAAACAGCACUCAAAACAGUGUAGAGAAAUACCCUGAGCUGCAGUGGGAAGAUUUGAAGAUUCAAUUAGCCAUGUUUAAGAGAAAAUACCCAUUCAAAACCACUGCAGAUGUUACAAAGAUCCUACAGGCAAUGCCUGUUGAAGUGCGUGGUCUUUUUGAGCAAGUUGACACCAUUGUCAGAUUGCUAAUGGUCGUGCCUGCAUCGUCUGCUGAGGCAGAACGAAGUUUCAGUGGCCUACGGAGGCUGAAAACAUGGUUGCGGUCCACCAUGACCCAAAAAAGGCUGAAUGGAAUGGCAGUGUGCCACAUCCACCAAGAGAGGCUGGAAAAUCUCAAUAGGAGAGACAUUGCCCAGACGUUUAUUUAGGGCAAGGAUCGGAGGAGGGAGGUUUUUGGAUCCUUCAUGUAAUUCACUCCACUCCAUUUAUUGAAAGUCAGGUUUGUUUGUUUUUGUUUUUAAAUAAAACAGC